AUGGCGCUUGUCUUGUGACAAUGUCGAGCCGAGAGGAACUCACAACGCGAUCUGUUUUAAUCACAGGUCUCCCGGGCAAUGUUAAUGUCUUGGAGUUUGUGAAUGCUUACUUAUCUCAGAUUGGUAUCAAGACGUCAGUUGAAACUGUGGACUAUGUCGGUGAACCCGAAGAGACCCAGGGCAAGCGCGGAUAUGUUGUGUUACUUAAAUCAAGGAUCGGUGCACGCAAGAUACUGGCCGAGCACCUGAUGUCAGAGUGUAGGUAUGAGGGAGGCGUGUCGACAAUAUCGGCGGUGAGGUGUCCCGACGAGCUCAUACCCGAACCUUGGCUGGAAGAUCCUCCACGUUACAUCACGACACCUAAUAUCAAGGAAGAAGGUCCACCAUGUCACUCAAACAGCCCCCAACCUUCAGAAGAUAUAAGAACUGAUGAACAGAAGCCCCUAGCAAGACACGAUCCUGUGCACGCAACGCUUGCCCCUGCACAACCCCAACAUACUGAUGUCCAGACCGUGAGCGUCACUGAGCAGGAAAUAAGUUCAAGCCCAGUUUCCGAUUUUCUAAUACCAUCACAUGCUCAAACACCCCCAACUUCCCAAAAGCAAAUAACGAAAUCGCAACAAUCCAAAGGGGACAGCCAAUUAUCAAACAAUCAAGACCAAUCUCCCUCUUCCCAGGUAUCUCCAGGCCAUGGAUCAAAUUCCCCAUAUCAGACACCUGGUAGUGGGUAUCUGGCGCAUCUGCCAACUAGAGAUCAUCCGACUGCUGCCCAAUCCUCUCAGGUAUCUCCAGAGACACCUAGAAUUCCCCAAGACCCACAACAGAAUGACCAGGGACCCAGAAAUCAAGGGCCACAGGACGCUCUUCAACACAUGAUCCCAACAGGAGAACCUGGUGGAUCUCCAAGACUGCAACAUGUCGAAUUUACACAGAACAUGCAUCAAGGACCUGCUCGACAGAUGCACCCAGUAAGUUCUCAGCAGAACAUCCAGACAGGCUUUCCUGAGACAUAUCCACAUCCUGAAACUGUACAGCCAUACUAUUAUGCCCCUUGGAAUCUCCCACAACACCCACAACACCCACAACACCCGCAACACCCACAACACCCGCAACACCCACAACACCCGCAACACCUACAACACCCGCAACACCCGCAACACCCGCAACACCCGCAACACCCGCAACACCCGCAACACCCGCAACACCUACAACACCCACAACACCCGCAAUAUCCUCAAGCAACUGGACACCCUCAAUAUGGCAAUCCUGGGAGAAUUCCACAACCAGAUCCAAAUAACUUUUUCCCAUACCCACGUGGGACCUAUCCACCACACCAACCACAUCCAACACAGGGUCAGCACUACCAAUUUCCAAUACAAGGUGAACCAUACCAAAAUCCAACACCAGGUCAACCACACCAACAUCCAAAUCAACCCCAGGCAUACCAUCAUCCACCACUCCAACCAUACUAUCAAGAACCCUAUCAACCAGCUGAACAAUAUCCACCAGGAAGCUACCAAGGAGCUCAAAACUAUCCACAAGGACGCCAAAUGCAUCCACAGGGUGCGCCUUCUCCCCACCAAUUGUUUGGGGCACAUCUCCAAGAGCAGACAAUACCCAAUCAACAACGAUCUGCCUCUGAACACCCAGGUCCCCAACCUAUCCAGGACUCACACAAACAGGAUGAACUGAAGCGUAGAGCCACACCAGAGGACUGUCCCACUAUCCUGGAAGUGAAAGGUAUACUGCCCUCCACGACUGAGGAUAGUGUGAAGCUGUAUUUUGAAAAUAGGCGGAGAAGUGGUGGAGGAGAGGUGGUUAAGGUGGAUAUGAAGAAGGGGAAGAACAAGGCUCUGGUCUUCUUCAAAGAUCCUGAAACUGCAGAACGUAUCCUCAAAAUGAAAUCCCAUCUGAUUAACAAACAACGUGUGGAGGUUUUGGCUUACACAGAACCCUCCUGCCAUACGUCCGCUGCUGCUGCUGCUGCUGCUGCUGCUGCUGCUGAUGAUGAUGAUGAUGAUGAUGACGAUGAUGAAGACGAUGUUGAUGAUGACAAACAAGAACAGAGCACUAUUGAAGUCCGGGGAUUUAAACCUAAUACAAACCCUGAAACUCUGGAACUUUACUUUGAAAACACUAAUAGAAGUGGAGGCGGGACGGUGACAGGAAAUGAAAGGAAGGAUGAUGUCAUCUUCAUUACGUUUGAGUCUCCAGAAGUGGUCCAAAAAGUACUGAAAAGGAAACACAAGGUCGAUGGAGCAAAUCUGACACUAAAGUUACAUCGCCCAAUACCUUGCUACAAGGACAGGUUUCUUGUGACUGGCGUAAGCAGCUCAACUGUCAAGGAGAACUUAAUUUUCUUUAUGGAAGCACGGGCACAGGGAAGCAACGUUACUGAAGUCCUGUAUGGGGAAGAGCCCGGGAAAGCAUUGGUAACUUUUGAGGAUCACAAUUUCCCUGACUUCGAAAGAUUGCAACAAGAUUGCAGGAGAAGGAAGCUUGAAGGACAACACAUCGUGGUUCAUAAAGUACCUGUAUGUGACAGUGUGGUUGUAAGGGGACUAAAGGCAGAGUCGACUGAAGACACUGUGCAAUUAUACUUUGAAAAUAAAAGAUCUGGCAACACCGAUGGAAUCCCAGCUACAGCCUCCUUGCACAAUGGUGAUGAGUAUUGCAUUGUCAAGUUUGAGGAUUAUAGAGCCAUAGAUAAAAUCCUUCCAAAGCAACACACGAUUGAUGGUGCAAAACUGACUGUGACGCUUUACAUGGAAUGUCUUGGACUAGGCAGUGAGGAUACGGAUGGAUCUUGGUACACACAACCAAAACCAUUUACUGUUCAAAACCUUGACGAAACCAAAUGUAGGUUUCUGCAAAACUCAAAGACCGAUGAGGAGGAGCUGAAACGGGGACUGAAAGAGCGACAUGCCGAAAUUAUAUGGGUCUCUCUCUUUUCUGCUACGAUGACAUGCACGCUCAACAAGGAUGCCCCAAAUGCUGUCAAGCUAGCAAAAUCUUGGAAAAAAGACACAGAGGACUUUCUGAAAGGUUUUAUUGAUCACUUUAAAACUGAAGAAUUUACAACCCUUGAACAGAUGUGGGGGGAUGUGAAGAAGAAUGUGACCGAUAUCGCCAAGUCAAAGUUUGUUCUCGUGAAAACGUCUGAUGCAGAACAUAAGGUCACAGUAGUCGGUCAUGCCACAGAGGUACAUCAAGUCGCUACCAAAGUGAGGGAAACUGUAGAAGGCGUAGAGAACGAAUUCAGAAGAAAACAGAAGGAGAUUACUGAGCCGAUCAAAACUUUGAAGCCACUUCAGCUCCAGCUCCUUAUGAUGGAUGGCUAUGUAGCAGAUAUUGAGAAGCGGUAUCCUACAGAUUUGAACGUGACUGUCAAUGUCGAACAUAACGAGAUGAUUUUCAAAGGUCAAGUGAACGAAAUCAACGAGUGUAAAGUUUUAAUGUAUGAAAGAUGUACGAGUUACAGUUCACACAGACUUACACUUUCCCAGGGACUGGUUUCCUUUCUAGAUCAAAAGGACGUGAAGGCUAUGGUCAUGAACAAACUGAAGGAUAAGAAGAUCACUGGAGUAUGGGAUAUUGAAAGCAAAAAUGAAACUGUAAUUGUCAUGGCAACGACAGAAGAAAAUGGUGCUGCUCUAGGGCGAACGCUCAAAGAGAUGAUCGUAGAGCAUCGUGAGCCAAUUGAUGAAGAAAAUACCUCCCUUCUGUCUUCUGACAAGUGGGCAGCCUUUCAAAAAGCAGCAGUGGCGAGAUAUGGCAGUUUUGUGAGUCUAAACAAUGACCGGAAGGCCUCCCAUGUUGUAAUUGUCACCUUUGACAACACAAUUAAUGAAAUCAAAGAGGAGGUUCGCAACUUUAUCCUACAGAACUCGGUGUAUAGGCAGAUAGUGAAAAUGCCAAGCCCAGUCUACAGAUUCCUUCGUGUCUAUAGAGAAAGCGAGCUCAAUGAUAUCAGCCAUGCCAUGGUGAAACACAGUGGCAAACUGGACUACAAAUCGACAGCACAACAGAUAACAGUGAGUGGCUGCCAGGAGGCCCUUACCAACGCUGUGCAGGAUUUGACAAGUCUUGCAAGGAAAGUCAUUAAUAAGAAACACACCCUCAGGAAGUCUGGGAUCGGAAGGUUCAUCAAUUCUGAGAAUGGGAAGAAAGGCAUUGGCUCAACAGAGAAAGAGAGUCAAUGUAUCAUAGAAACGUCAUUUGAUGAAUCAGUCAAAGUAAGAGUCGAAACGAUUGGCGUAAUACCUGCCUCAGUCUCUUCUUCACCACGGGGUAGAAACCCAACUGGGACCAGAGUUAUCGCUAGCUGUGACAUAGACUCGAAAAGAAGGAUUGAUGUUGUCAUAGGUGACAUCACAGCUAUGGAGGUUGACGUCAUCGUCAAUGCAGCUAACAACAGGUUAGAUCACAUUGGAGGAUUGGCAAAAGCCAUAGCAAAUAAGGGUGGACCUACAAUUCAACGGGAGAGUGAUGAAUACACUAAGAACAAGGCUUUGAGAGCAGGGGAUGUUGUAACUACUGGUGCAGGACGUCUCCCCUGUAAAAUGGUUGCCCAUGCCGUCGGUCCGUGUUGGUCUGGUGGUCAUGCUGGGGAGGAAGGAGACCUGAAAGAUGCCAUCAUGUUAAGCAUGGAGAAGACAGACAGACAUGGAUACAAGUCUAUUGCGUUACCUGCCCUUAGUGCUGGAAUAUUUCGAUACCCAGGCAAUCUUGCUACAAGGCACAUUGUUGAGGCCAUUAAGAAAUUCUUCACUCUGGAGAGUCCAAACAGCAGCGUGACGAAUGUGUACCUGAUUGACAUGAGCGGGAAAACCACCCAGCUGUUUGCCGAGGCUCUACAGUUCGUGUUUAGUGAUCGAAGAGUGGCGCUGACACAGAGCAACAAUACAACUGAUUCACGCCUUCCAAUAGCUUCAAAACCCAAACCAGUCACUGGUGGUGUCGGUGUCCUUCCAACUCAAGGACAAAAAGCAUCUUCACACAGCAAAGUGACAAUUGUCAAAGGCGAAAUUGCGAAACAAAAAGCUGAUGCUAUCAUAAACUCAACGUCCAACAACCUUGAUCUUAACAACGGAGCUGUGUCCAAGUCGAUCCUGAAAGCUGCAGGGAACACAAUACAGGAUGAGCUGUCAGUGAAGUAUCCCCAAGGAAUAAAGCCGGGAGAUGUUGCUGUCAGUUCUGGAGGAAACUUGGGAUGUCGUGUGUAUCAUGCCUGUCUGUCCACUGCAAGUGCCUCUAGUUCUGAUGUACUUCAGAAUAUCAUUCUGAAGUGUUUGCAAACAGCUUCUGAUGACGGAUGCCGUACCAUUGCCUUCCCAGCCCUAGGCACAGGGAACCUGGGCUAUGCACCUGACUUCGUGGCUCAGACUAUGUACACAGUUGUCAAUAACUUUCAAGAGAGAAGCACCGCACUGGAAGAAGUUCGAGUAGUGAUUUAUCCAUCAGACAAACAAGUCAUCCAGGCCUUUGAAAAGUAUAAAAGACAAAUGGAGACAGGAGAGAUAACUGAGCCAGCAGUUGUGGUAAAGGAUCGCCGUUCUUUCUUUGAACAAGUGAACACUGAAGAUUCAUGGGUAUCCGAGACUGAAUCGGACGGACUUCAGAUUGGACGGCUCAACGUUCAGAUCAAACAAGGGGACAUAACCAAGGAGGACGCUGACUGCAUCGUCAACAGUACAAACCCUGACCUGGACCUACAAAGAGGUGCUGUGUCCGUAGCUAUCGCCACAGCAUGCGGAAAAGACAUGACCUCACAGUGCAAAAUGAAAGUGGACAAAAUGAGGCAGAACGGAGUUGUCAGCACGACAGCGAAAGGUCUGAAGUGCAGCUACGUCCUACAUGUGGCGGGGGACCAUUUUGGCAAUGACUGGAAGAAAGUGGUCCUCACAUGUUUGAGGGAGGCAGACGAAUUGGGUGAUGCGCGCUCAAUUGCCCUUCCGGUCCUUGGAACAGGUGCUGGUCACGUCAACCCUCAAGAAAUAUCCGAGAUCAUGGUUCAUGCCUUUGCCGAGUUCGAGCCUCAAGCAUCCAACCUAACAGAUGUACGGGUGGUUGUGUUCCAGAAGUCAAUGUUUCUCACAGUUUCGUCUCAGAUGAAGGAAUCAGUGAAAUCAUUGAAUCAACAAUCCACCAUACGAACACCUAAAAUAGGGGUUCGUGGGAUUGUUUCAGAAGGUCCCUGGAGCGCCUCCGCCGGCUCUGGUAGCAUACAGUUUGGAAAUAUUACAGUGCAAAUGAAACAAGGGGACAUAACAGAAGAAGACACAGACUGUAUCGUGAACAGCACCAACAUGGAACUGGACCUAAAGAAAGGUGCUGUCUCAAGUGCUAUCAGGAAAGCAUGUGGCAAAGAUAUGGAUUCGCAGUGUGCAAAGAAAAUUGAUGACAUGAGACAGCAUGGCGUUAUCAGCACGACAUCCAAAGGUCUGAAGUGUAAAUACGUCCUCCAUGUGGCCGGGCACCAUUUCGGCAAUGACUGGAAGAAAGUAGUCCUCAGCUGUCUGGAAGAGGCAGAAAAACUGCGUGGUGCACAGUCAGUAGCAUUCCCUUUGCUGGGAACAGGCAUCGGAAAUAUACAGCCUGAGGAUAUUGCCAAGCUUAUGUCACAAGCAUUUGCUGAGUUCGGACCUCAGGCUGUUAACAUCAGCGAUGUUCGAGUAGUUGUAUUCCAGGAAGCAAUGUUAAAACCAUUUGCUGCAAUGGUGAAACACUCGGCAGGCACAGGAGGAAUACCACAGGCACAAUCUAUCAUUACAAGAGGCACCACUUCGACAGGGUGGGUUGAUCUCUUCUUCUUCUCUGACCAAUCAUACAACAUAGCCAAUGGUAUAAGGAACCUGGAAGCACUAUGCAAGGAGGAAUGGAUUACACAGACAUCACAGGACCAAGUGAUAACAAAACUAACAGACCAUCAGAUUGACUCCUUGCAUAAACGCUUUGAUGUGGAGCUAAGAGCCGACAGAAACAAAGGAGCUAUAGAACUGACAGGACUGAGAGGUAAGGUUGGGCUUGCCACAGGAGAGGUUAUUCAAUACCUACGUGACAUUGAGAAGGAGGAGAGCGAAACAGAAAAGGCGACCCUACUCUCUCGAACAAUACAGUGGGCCUAUUUCGAGAAAGACAGUCCUUCCGAUAAGAAGGACUUUGGUAAGAAGGAAAAUGCAGCAAUAGAAAAGGCAUUUACAGACAAUAAGAAGUCGUUCAAGGUACCUUUCAUGAAGACCAAGAUCGAAAUCGACUUUUCGUCCUUGGAGGGAACAGCAGCAAAGAAAACAUACAAUGUCAUGCGACGAGACCUUUUGCAGGAGGCCAAACAAUCAAUAUUUGACCUACCUCCGAGCUGGCAGAAAAUGGCGGAUGAUGUUAAUAUUGAGUGUUUUCAAGUCGCAGCUGGCGGUGAAGAGUUUAAGACUGUUGAACAAACGUUCAUGUCAACUAUCAACAACAGCAAUGCCAAGGUUCUUCAGGUGACUCGCAUUCAGAACAGAUCUCUGUAUCAGCAAUAUGCGGCCAAAAAGAAGCAACUUGAGAAGCAGAACCCCCAGGGUACCCAGAAUGAGGCAUGGCUGUGGCACGGUACCAGCACAGAUGCUAUAGGCAGCAUCAAUGCACAUGGGUUCAACAGAAGCUAUUGUGGGAAAAAUGCCACCUACUACGGCCAAGGAGUGUAUUUCGCUGUUAAUGCCAACUAUUCUGCCCAAGAUACAUACUCAAGACCGGACGCACAAGGGCAGAAAUACUUGUACCUGGUUCGAGUCUUGACUGGCGUAUAUACUUUGGGGAAACCUGAGAUGAGAGUUGCACCGUCCAAGAAAGGAAGCACUGGCACGGAGCUGUAUGACUCGGUCGUGAACGAUAUUAACAAUCCUGUCAUGUACGUUGUGUUCAAUGAUACACAGGCAUACCCAGAUUAUCUGGUCACAUUCCAACCUUGAAGUGGUGUAAAUGUGUUGACAAGUUUGUAUUUGUUAGAAACCACUUGUGUUGAAGUUGUAUGUAACCUUUCAGUUAGAAGAAUCAAUAUUUUAUUUGCAAUUUUUGAAUAUCUCACAUACAUUAGUAAUUCCGUGAGCAGCAGCGCUCGAAGCUGUACAUGUAUUGUUGUGUGUCAGUAUGGUUUUAUGUGUUUAUUGAAAUAGUAUCACAUUUAUCUCGCUGCAAAUAUUUUCUUAUUUCAAAGUGUAGUUGUAGUGAUAGUAGUAUUUUGUAUAUUUUGAAAUCAUAUACAUCACGUACCUAUGCUAAAUACAGGCGCCGUGUUGAAGACUCAA